AGUCAAUUGUACAACUCCAUGUAUUUCCAAGCUCAGAACUACCUAGUACACCAUUUAGACCAUCACCUUGCGCCGAAUCCACGAGCAUGCGUCAUGGGAGACAGACUUACUCAGCUACAAGAUGCUGUUGAUCAGCUCGCGCAGCAAUUCGUCGCCAGCAUCCACUACAUCAACCGACAUCACAACCUCGAGACUCUUGGCCCGGGCGAUCAAAUUCGAGAUGUAAAACAAGAGCAGGAUGAGUUGGACCCGCACCCCGAAGACGUCUUCAAGGCAUCGCAACUCGAGCUUGCCCAAGACCUAAUCACGAAAGAGCAACAGAUCGAGCUUCUUAUCUCCAUACUCCCUGGUCUCGACAACAGCGAACAAGACCAAGAGCGCAACAUCAAAGAACUAGAAGAGGAACUCAAGGUUGCCGAGGCACAACGACAGGAGGCGAUCAAAGAGAAGGAAGACACCAUGGUGAAACUAGACGCCGUUAUCCGAAGCAUCAGACGCCCGUGAUUACUAGACGUCGCAUGGUGGGAUGUAGAUGUGAUACCCCGGUCAGGUUAGGCGUUUUGGACAUCGUUGCUUUUCUAGCAGGUUAUGGGAAACGCA